CUCCUCUGUCAGACACAGAUUCCUGGGAUGCCUCCCCCGAGCCAGAAAAACCUUGUGCCUCAGUCCUCUGCCACACAACUGACCAUGGAGUCAACCUGCCGACAAUUCUGAUCCACACAGGGCCUUCCAGCCCUCACUGUGUUCUUUUAGUAGAUAACAGAGUGUGUGUGUGUGUGUGUGUGUGUGUGUGUUUUUUUAUGCCACGAUGUGGCUUUAGAUAUAUAGCGUCAGCUGAUUUUUUAUGGUCCCUUCCGUAGUUUUUGCGUGGCCAUGCCGCAAAACUGAGGGGCGUUGAAGAUGCCCCCCGGAACGAGGACCUGACAUGACUAACUACUACCGUACUUUGUCGCAGCACCUCAAUGACCUCAAGAAGGAGAACUUCAGCCUCAAGCUCCGCAUCUACUUCCUGGAGGAGAGGAUCCAGCAGAAGUUUGAGGACAGCAGUGAUGAUGUCUUCAGAACGAACAUCGAGUUGAAGGUAGAGGUCGAGAGCUUGAAGCAGGAGUUGCAAGAAAAACAACAGCUCCUCGACAAGGCUUUGACAACAGCAGAGAGCCUGACCAUCCACAAUGAGGCUGAGGUGCAGCGACGAUGUGAUGAAAGGCAGCAGGAGAUUAACCACAUGCAGGAGGUACUGGAGACCAAGAUCCAGCUGCUGCAGGAGGAGGCCCAGCUAGCACGGAGUGAGGCCGAAAGAAUGGCCACCCUGGCUGACACCCGAUCCCAGAAUGCAUGUGUCACCAUGGAGACGGGUACCAGUGAGACACCAAGAGAGGAGAGCCUGCAACUGGUCAACCUGCUGCCAGAAAGAGAUAAAGACCGAGUGAUAGAGGAGCUGAGGCUGGCACUCUGCAGUAAGGAGAGAGUGAUCAACGAGCUGGCAGGAGAGAGGAGGGUCCUGGGUGAGCGCGUGGAGCAGCUGGAGGAACAGGUGCAGGACCUCAACUCCUCAUUACUGCAGAAAGAGAGAGAUGUGGAGUUUUAUCAAGAGGAGCUGGGUCGGGAGAGACUGCGUAUUCAGCAAGAGAUGCAGGAGGAAGUGGUAUAUGCCGUGUUCGCAGGUCUCGACAGCCACAGCCGCUGCCACAUCAUUGGGAGCACUGAACAGAGACCUCUAUUCAUUCUUGCUGUUGGUCUGUGCUGCGGCUACCCCAUGCUUGAUUCCAAAAUGAAGGAGGUGUGUCGCAUUUGUGCCCGGGAGCUGGGCGGCAACCAGCGCCGCUGGAUCUUCCAUCCAGCCGCCAAGCUCAACCUGCAGGUGCUGCUGUCGCACGCACUGGGCCUGGAAGUAACGCGUGACGGGCGUGGAGAGUUUGCAUGCAGCAAGUGUGCUUUCAUGCUGGACCGCAUGUACCGCUUCGACACGGUGAUAGCGCGCGUGGAGGCGCUGUCCGUGGAGCGCCUCCAGAGGCUGCUGCAGGAGAAGGACCGGUUGCGCCAGUGCGUUGGUGGCCUGUACCGCAAGAACAACAUCGACAUGCCCGCUAGCGCCACCCAGUGCCAGGGCAGGGACUACACCGUCGACAUGACAGGACUCUACCACUCCAAGUACUGCGCCCUGCUUCAAGAGGACCUAGUGUACUCACUGUACGAGUCCUGGGCGGAGGAGGAGGAGCAGACGUUGGCGGAGUGUGCGCAUCACAACUGCCACAACGCCAACGCCACCGCCUCCGAGCUGUCCUCCCCACACCGGCCUCGGCACCGCUGCCGCGGCUGCAGCGCCCUGCGCGUGGCCGACUCCGACUAUGAGGCGGUGUGCCGGUUGCCCCGCAAGGUGGCGCGCAGCAUUUCCUGCGGCCCGUCCACACGUUACUCGGCCAGCUUGGCCGGGAGCGUGAGCGGCGAGGAACGAGAGGAAGAGCAGACAUCCUCUGCCACGCUGGUACCUGACUCCCAGCCCACUAACACCACCACCUCCGACAGCGAGCGCACGCUACACGGCCAGGCCAGCUCCAGCCCCUCCGUUGAGUCCCUGGACCUGGUCCAGACCCCCACCAGGCAGCAGAUGCUGGACGGAGACCUCACAGAGGAGCAGAACUCUGACUCCCUGUCCGAGGAACACAUGGGGCCUCCUCUUGGCCCCGGAGGGACUUGGGAUAAACUGGCCAUAGCUCUGUAUCUGCUGCAGAACUGCUCCUACAGGCCCAUCCAGAGGCCUCAGGGCAGCAAGCUGCCUGUGCUGGUCAAACCUGCUGCUAGGAAUGCAGGCACAAAGAUGGGCAGCCCAGAGCAGGGGGUCAGGGGCCUGUAUGUGGGCGGGGGGGAGUGUGAGCUCACAGAGGUGGAGCUGCCUCCGCCACGCAUUCAGGUGGACCUGGGCUUGGAGCUGGCUGAGCUGGAGGAAAUGUGGCAGGAUGUGUAUGUGGAGUGCUUGCCCUUCCGCUUCCAGAAGAGUCUGAUCGAGGAGCAGCAGACCCAGCUGAAUCAGUAUGAGUGUGCAGCAGGACAGUGUGUGAGUGAGCUGCAGAAGGCUCAGCUACAGGUCCAGUCCCUGCAGGCCAAGAUGCACGAGAGUGACACCAACAACACGAAGCUGCAGGAGAAGCUGAGUGAGAUGGAGUGUGAGCUGCGUUCCAUCCGGCAGGCAGCUCAGAGUCAGGAACGCACCAUCCUGGGCCUGAACGAGUCCAUCUCCUCCAAGGAUAGUGAGGCCCAAGAACUAUACCAGCUAAUCGAAGGCCAAAAUGCCACUCUCUGCAAGUUGAGAGAGGUGGCCCAUCGUAACCAGCUCCAGCAAACACAGGUGACCCAAGGGGCUGGCGUGGUCCAGCUGCAGGGGGAGGUGCUGGGGCUGCAGAGCUCUCUGUUCUCGGUUCAGCUGGAGCUGGAGGCCAGUCAGAGGGGCCAGAGGCAGAGCCAGAGACAGGCGGACGACCAGAGCCGUACAGCUCAGCGCCUCCACAGCGACCUACAGGAGGCACUGCACCACAGGGAGGCCACCGAGAAACACAACCAGGACCUCCGCGGCUCCCUGCUUCAGGCCCGCUCUGAGUUGCAGGAGAAGGAUGCUCAGCUGAGAGACACUGAGGCUCAGAGACACACUGAGCUUCAGGAGAGAGACAAGAGCGUCUCACAGCUCCGCCUGUGUCUACAGGACAAAGACAGACUGCUGCAGGAGUACAGUGAGCUCCUGGAGCCUCCAGCUGAAUCCACCCGCCCCAGAGACGUCCUGCUGGACAAGCUAAGGAGCCGCAUUAGAGACCGGGACAGAGCACUCGAGCGCUCGAUAGAUGAAAAGUUCCGCUGUCUGGAGGAGAAGGAGGAAGAGGUUCGGAGACUACAUCAGGCCAUGAGAGAGAAGGAGAGAGACCUGGAGAGACUGCGCACAAUACUGGCCAACAAUGAGGAAACAAUCACGAGUCUGGAUGCCCUGGUGCGUGGUAAGGAGCUGGAGCUGGAGCACAUGCGAGAGAGCAGCAGGAAGCUGCAGGGCCUGAGGCAGGAGAGCGAGGAGAAGCACACCCUGGGCCUGCGGGAGCGGGACAACCUCAUCAGCCAGCUCCAGACUGCACUGCACACCCACAGCCAGGAGACCCAGGAGCUGAGGGCCGUGCUGCUGGCUAAAGUGUCUGUGAGCCCUGCUGAGGCGGUGGAGGAGAUGAAGACCCGUCUGCAGCUGAAGGAGCGUCUGCUGCAGGAGCUCCUGUCCGAUCGCAGCCGGCAGGUUCAGGAGCACCAGGCACAGGUCCAGGACCUGCUCAACACAAUCAGUUCCAGAGACCAGUACAUCCAGGACUCUGCCAACAGAUUGGGGCAGGUUAUUGGGGAGCAGACGGGGCAGGUGCAACACCUACGGCAGCAGCUGCUGUCCCGGGAGCGUGAGCUGGCCGAGCUGAGUCGGGAGCGGGAGCGGGAGCGGGAGAGAGCUGAGCCAGUCACCAGAGAGCUGGAGAGAGUGCAGAACCUGCUCAAGGAGAAAGAGGCCUUCCUUCAGGAGCUGAUGCAGGGCCAGGAGGAGUCCAUGGGGAUCAGCAGUGGCAGGAGCUCAGAGGAACAGCAGGAGAACAGAGCCCUCAAAGAGGAGCUACAACUGGCCCUCAAGAAGCUCAGAGAGAACCAGGUGGAACUGACUGCACUGAGAUCCUCACUGGCCUCCAGACAGGAUCUCCAGAGAGAGAGUCAGCAGACUUUCUUGGAGCAGCUAGUCUCGGACUACAACGGGCUGAAUGAGGCUUUGAGAGCUGAAAAGAAGCUCUAUCAGAACCUGGUCCAGAUGCAGAGCAGCCAGGACAGCGCAGAGAGGCUGCGGGUGCUGCACACAGAGCUGGACACCGUUCAGGCACUGAGAGGGCAGCUAGAGGAGGUCCUGAUGAGGACCCGAGAGACCGCCCUGGUGAUGGAAAAAGCCAAUAAGACGCAGGCUGACUUUGGAGAACUCAGCACAGAGGAGGAGGAGGAUACUGGGGAUGAAGAUGGGGGAGGGGCGGGCAGCAGUGAUGAAUUCACAGACAGCAUAGAGGACGAGGACGUCAAACUGACCGCUCAGAGUCUGGCCAUCACACAGAAUGUUGGGAUGCCUGGAGGACCCGUGAACAGCGGCCUUUCCCAGGGUGCCGUGGUGGGAGGGUGGAGGGGUGAGGUCCUGCAGCUGCUGGAGCAGAAGAAGACCGUGGAGGUAGAGCUGGGAGAGCUGAAGAGCCAACUGAAGAAGGCUGGGUACAACUCCCUAUCCCAUAUGAGGUCUGCGCUGCUGCAGGUCCAGGCUGAGAAUGAUGCCUUGAAGGAGAGCAGCGGGAGGUGUGGGGUCGCACCCGGAGCGGAGGCGGGAGCAGGAGAGGGGGGAUCAGUCACGUGCAGAAGGUGGGAGCAGAGUGACACGGAGGAGGAGGAGGAAGAGGGAGGAGCUGAGCCGUGGCUGAGGGAGGGCCAAGGCAAGAGGAGGUGCACCCGACCCCACUCACUGGACCUGGGCACCCUGCUGUCUCACCGCUCCAGUGAGGAGCACACGGCACAGGUGCAGUUCUAUGCGCUCUUCCAUAGGAGGAGGAGGAUGGUGGGCAGCAGCGGCCAGCGAGGUGGAGGGGCGGACGGGGGGUUCUGGCAGCACGUGGAGGCGGGUCUGCGGGAGCAGGCGGAGCGUCUGCGCUCAGACCUGGCCCUCAGCCGCCAGGAGAACCGAGAGCUGCAGGAGAGACUCAUGGUGUCGGAGGCCACGGUGCACGCGCAGGCCGAGCAGCUCAAGGACUACAGAGAGCUGCUGACGGAGACCUCCGUGCAGCAGGACAGUAAGCUGGUGCAGGUGGACCUGCAGGACCUGGGCUACGAGACGAGCGGACGCAGUGAGAACGAGGCCGAGAGGGAGGACGCCAGCAGCCCAGAGUUUGAUGACCUGGAGAUGUGCACAUCGUUGUCACGGGAGGCGGGCUUCGACUAUGGGCUGAAGGAGAUGGAGGAGGAGGAGGAAGAGGGCUCCCUGAAGGACCUGGUGCGAGACCUGCGCUCCCAGCUGGCCAGUUGCCACCGCGUGAUCCGGAGCCUGCAGCUGCGCGUGCGCUCGCUCUCCACCACCUCUGACUACGCCUCCAGCCUGGAGCGGACGCCCCGCAAGGUCAACUGGGCCUUCGAGGCCUCGCCGGCGCACAGCGGCCUGGAAGAAGACGAGGGCUGGCAGUCGGACGGGCCCCGGCCACGGCCCAGCCGCGAGCUGAAGGAGCUGGUGUUGAGAGUGGCCUCGCUGGAGGACCAGCUGAAAAGCAGUCGCAUGGAGGGGCCCCCUGCAGGAGAGGAGGGGAAGUGCGCCACCUGGCCGGGGAAGUACAACACCCUGAUCCAGGCACAGGCCCGUGAGCUGUCCCACCUGCGGCAGCGCAUGCGAGAAGGGCGGGGCAUCUGCCACAUCCUGACGCAGCACCUGGGCGACACCACCAAGGCCUUUGAGGAGCUGCUGCGGGCCAACGACAUCGACUACUACAUGGGCCAGAGCUUCAGAGAGCAGCUCUCCCAGAGCAGCAGCCUGGCCCAGCGAGUGAGCACUAAGAUCAGUGGCCGGGAUCGAUCAGAGCUGCCUGAUGACAAGACAGGCCAUGAGCUUCUUGCAUUACGGUUGAGCAAGGAGCUUCAGCAGAAAGAUCAAAUCAUCGAGUCUCUUCACACCAAACUGCAACUACGGCCAGAAACUCCUUCUAGCUGCCGCGCCCUGUCAGAGACCACUGACCAAUCAGACAGGACCUCCUUCGUGUCUGACGAGCGCGGGUCCAAUGAGGAGCUGGAGCUGUGUUCAGAAGGAGACGCUGGGAGCGAAUAUGCCAUGGACAGGCAGGGGGACAGGUCGUGCCCUCUGAAGAGAGCCACAGAGCGCCCCUCCUCCCUCCCUCUGCGUAAGAGCCCCAGCACCCCUGUCAUGCCCGUGGACCGGCAGGCCCAGACAGACUUCUACCCCACUCCACAGUUCAGUUCUCUCCCGCCUCCCAGGGGCUUCUUCUUCCCCAGACCCUCCGCCCCUCAGGGCGUGACCUUUGCCCCCAUGCCCAGAGCACACUCAGCGAUUGAGCUGCACCAGCACCCACAGGGGCUGUGGACAGGAACAGGUUUCAUGGUGCCUCAUGCGAAAGCCCUGUCCAGUUACUCCCUGACUGCGCACGCGCCCACCCACCCCCACGGGUUUGGCCCACUGUCCCACCAGCCUCUGCAGCAGCAUCCCCAUCUGGUCACCCACGCUGGAGCCUCCACCCUCAAGGCCAAUGCCAGCCUGGGGGAGGGCGGUGCACUCUGGGACAUGGACAACAGGAUGAAGCCAAUCAGGGGCUUCUCUGGGUCAUCCGGAUACCAAUCAGGGGGAAGCCACACAGGUGUGGACCUGAUUGAGGAGCACCUGAGGGAGAUCCGGAGCCUCCGCCAGCGUCUAGAAGAUUCCAUCCGAACCAAUGAGCGCCUCAGGCAGCAGCUGGAGGACAGGCUGGCAGGGGGACAGGGAGGAGCCGCCACUAACAUCUACAUUCAGGGGCUGGACUCAGUCAAUCAGCUGUCCAAUGAGAUCAGAGCUCUGAAGGAGGAGAACAUGGGCCUCAAGUCCAAGCUGCAGAGUUGCAGAGACAGCAGUGAGGAGGUGCUGUGUGGGCGCGCUCGGCUGCAGCAGGCGGAGCUGGAGGCGGAGCAGUGGAAGGAGGAGCUGCGCAGGCUGCAGACCCACGGCUGUGAACAGAGCCAGCAGAUCCAGCAGCUGAGACAGGAGCGGCAGGCCAGCCAGGAGCUCACCAACAGGCUACAGCAUGAAAUCAGCCUGCUCCAACAGCAGCUGUGUGAGAGUCGGCAGUUGCUCCACUCUCUACAGUGUGAGCUUCAGGUGUAUGACCGCGUGUGUGCCAACACCAAGAGCGUCUCUUCAGGAUACUUCGGUGAGGUGAAGUGCCCCGGCUCAGGUGUGCCUGCAGUGGAGCUGGCAGAGCUGCUGGUGGAGGUGCGUGGUCUGCGGGCGCAGCUGGAGCACAGCGUGCAGGAGAACAGCGCCCUCCGCUGCCAGCUGCAGAAACAACUAGAGCAGCAGCUGGCCGGCAGAGUGGCCCAGAGUGAGCCCAGGGCCUCACUGAUCCCCGCCAGCCCAAUCCGAGAGAGCAUGUACAGGCAACUGCUGCACGACCCAGCUCCAUCUCCCCCCGUCAGGGACACGGGGCUCUUCCCCUCAGGGGCCUCCUUCACCCCCUACACGGAACUGGAGGACGUCCCCAUUACGACCAGCGACUCCUUGGAGCCUCAUGCUGAUCUCGAGGGGGAGGCUCCGGAUGGCUCCUUCGCCAACCGGAACGGGCGCCACGCCAUCGGGCAUGUGGACGACUUCAGCGCACUCCAGCAGCAGGUGUUGGAGGGCCGGAUGCUGGUGCAGAGGAUGGAGGCUGCGCUGCAGGCCUGCCUCAACAUGGCCCUGCUGGAGGCCGGCACUGGCAAGGCUCUGGACUAUGGGAGUGUUAAGAGCCUCCUGUCUGACACCAAGACCUUGCGUCAGAUCCUGGAAGAGGCCAACUCUCUACUCAAGAUGUUCUGGAGGGCUGCUCUUCCCAGCAAUGAGGGCAGCAGCCUGCAACUGCAGAAGGAGCGAACCUUGAAGGAGGAGAUCCACUCCCUGCGGCUGCGUAUCUCCGAGCAGGAGGAUGCUCUGCAGGGCACCAUCCAAAGGCUGAGGAGUACCAACCGCACCAAGGAGAGCAUGGAGCACUUCAUCGUCAGCCAGCUGUCGAGGACACGUGACGUGCUCAAAAAAGCCAGGAGUAACUUAGAGAAGAACGAGCUCAGGAUUUCCUCCCUAAGCUCCUCCUCUUCCUCCCUUUGCCAUGCUAAAGUCCCCAAAGGUGCCUAUGGGGGGUGUCCUAAUCGGGCUGUCCUGAGUCCUAGUGCCUCGGAAGUUCCUGGAACAACAGCCAAUCAGCGUUCAGCCAAGAAGCGUGGGAGAGAGUGCCUACUCCAAGCUGUUUCCUGUUAAAACCAGCAAGCAAGCCCACCUCACAUUUGAGUCCCAGCCUUAAGCCUGUCUUGUCCCGCCCUGUCUGUUCCCCCCCUUUCUCACUGUUCUUUCCCCUCAUCACUCGUUUUCUUCUCCUCUUUCUCCUCCCUUCUACCAUGUUUGUUCUCCCUCUUCCCCCAUCCUUUUUUUCUCCUGACAUCUUGAGACUCGUGAAAACUCUUAUGGUUGCCUUGCCGACUGGGGGGUAUAGGAAUGUGAGUGAUCUUGUAAGGGACAGUGUGCGUCCUGGCUGCCAUAGAAUGUGUUCCUGUACCUGGCAGCUCACGGACGAUUCAAUGUAGAUGCAUGUUACUCCACUGUUUGUGAAAAUGUCACGUGUACACACACACACACACAGAAUAUGCAUUUAGCGCGCACACAAACACACAACUUCUCCUCAAGUCAUGCAAUUCUGCUACCAUGACACGAAACAUCCUCUUUCUUGGUAUCUUGAAACUUCUGAAGACAGCUUUGCAACUACACACUACUGCCCUCAAAUCCCUUUGGAAAGGCUCAGGGGUACUAGGCAUUACAUUUCACCACCGAAACUGAAGCUACACUUCUCUUUGGGAAGGCUCAAGAGGUCUGAAGACCACUACCAAGGGCAUCUCCAAUGUGAAAGACACUGUUCAGUGUGUCCGGGCCCCUCCGACGGGCGCCCUCUAAGGAGCAUGUGCAAUAAGGACUGAUGUUCACUGAAUGCAGUUGUACCAGCUUUCCCUUUUGCCUGACACUGGAGCUGAGGUGUGCUUUAUGUAGGAGCUAAGAGACCGUCAGUGCAAUAUUAUUCUUACUAUUUACUGUUGCAGUACUACUUACUGAAUUGUAGUUCUUAUGCAGUUGUGCAUGUGGAAAGAGGUAGAAAAAAGGAAAAUGACACCAUGUUUGUGGAAUGGGAAUCACCAAUCGUUGCCAAAGUUUGAACACCUAAUUUCCUUUAUAUUUUUUGCCUUAUCCAUGUGAAUCAUGAUGUCGUUUUUGUGACCGAUUGGGAAGUUGCUUGCAAGCGGCCCAGGGUCAACGUGGAACCGCUAAUAAGGAAAUGAAUUUGGCCUGUUCUUGGAGAGCAGUUUGAACCACAGAGGCAGUAGCGCUUCAAGGUUUUGGAUUAUUUUCUGCAUGUCAUUUUUGGCAAGCUAAUCUCUUUACUUAGUAAAUGGACCAAAUCUAAAUUAAGUUCGAUAAUGAUUUGGUAUGAGACUCCAAAUUAGAUUAAAACUUGUUCUUUGUUCUAUAUUCUACCCGCAAAUAGAAGAAUGCAUUUUCAAUCUGAAUCACUGAAUUUAAACAUGAAUUCGCUACUUUGUUUCAUUUGGUUCAGAUUGCCAUAACAUUCCCAUUGCAUCGACCAUUGCAAUAAAUGUUAUAUUUUCUCCUCAGUUACAAACUUUGGCAAGCCACUGGUGGGACCAUAACUGAUGUCAUCAUCAGAGAUUGUCACAAUCGCAGGUGUUCCUUUUGUGCUGCUUUUAAAACUGUCCCGCUGUACAUUUUGCUUACUGGUGUUGUACAUAGCUUUUUGUUCUUGGUUUGUUCUAUUGUGUGACUUAUUGACAUUUGCUAUACAUGCAAAGUUAAAUAUCUGGGUAGCUGUGCAAUAGCCUAUAGUUUAUCCUAUGUAACUGAUGUCAAAGCAUCAUUUUAUUAGGAGAGAUAGCUUUGAGUGCACUGUUUUCAACUAUGUGAGUAUUUAUUGUGUUUUUGGCUGAAAAUUGUGUUUUUAUUUUGGCUAAGCACCCCUUCUUUUAGCUAAAUAUUUCAUAUAGAGAUGCCUUUGUCCUGAAUGUUUCAGGAAUCCAUGUCUUAGCAUUAGUGUCGACAUAGGGCAGAAUCACUCUGUAGGCCUAUUUAGGUUGGACAGUAUUACUCACAUUUGUACUCUGGCAGAGUGAAGUACAAUCUUGAAUUGAUAAUGGCUAGUUAGACUAAACCUUCCAGGCUAAAAGGCCUUGUUUGCACUCUGCAGUGUGUAGGCCCUGAGAGGAUUGCCAAAUUUUCUACUUAAACAAUUUGGUAUAUAGAUGAGCAGUUCCUUAACUGAACUGAGAGAAAUAAGCUUAAACCAACAAUCGUGUAAAUAUUUAGUGGUGGAGAAUGAGCGUAAACAAUGCCUCCCUCAGAGCUGAAAGAGUUCGGUGGCAUCGGUGUUAACAUGGUGGUUCUGACAGUUGUAUUAUGUGUAAAUAGUGUUGGAGAGUGCCCCAUUGCUAAGGUCAAGAUUAUGCUAGUGUGCUGAUAUAAAAAAGAAUGCCGGUACAAGUCCAGUUAUGGGCUGUGUAUCUGAAGCUGACCGUUACCAUGUGUGUUGCUGCACUGUGAUGAAGAGCUGGAGAUUAAUAAACACAAAUGCAAAAGUG